AUGAAUGAUCCUAAUUUAAGUGAUCCAAAAAAUCAUCUUUCGGUGCUCAAUACAACUGAAUUAAAGAAUGGUUUGUUGAAUCAUCCCGAUAUAAAGGAAAAGGUUGAACAAAAACCUCUCAAUCUUACUAAUGAUAAUGAAACUAAUGACACCACAGAUCACGACACACACAAACCUAAUAAUGACACCAAUAAUGACAAAAAUAAUGAUAGAGAUGACAGGGGGGUCUCAACUGUAGAGAAAGCAGUCCCAAUCCAAAAAAUAGUGAAAACUUUUAGAGAUUCAAACAAGGCUGAGAAUGAAAAUGCCGGUGAUGUUACCAUUAAUACGGAAGUGCCCAUCGAUAAUGAUGAAUCUCCAAGUAAUUUAUUACCAAGCAUGAAGCUGGUGAAUAUUGAUCGUUCAAGAUAUAGACAUUACGGACAUCAGUCAUCUAUGAAUGCUGAAACUUUACAUAAGAUCAUGAAAGAAAGUAAUGAGAAGUUACCCGAUAUAACUGAAACACUUCACAAGGAAUACAAAGCAUCCAAUGCAGGAACUAGUUCAAGCACAGUGUCAAAUCCUGAUUCACCAAAAGAUAUCAAGAAUUCCCCUGGAGGUUCAGAAAUCCAAGCUAGUUGGAGAUCUAGUAACAAUAAGUUACUUGUUGAUGAGACAAUGAAUAAUUUAUUGGGUUUACCCAAAAAUGAAAUUGUUUGGCCAUAUAGUAACGAAACCUUAUCGGAAUUAUUGAAGUUGAAGAUUGAACAGGAAAAGACUAAACAGGAAGAGAUGAGGAUAGAUUAUGCAUCAACUACUCUACAAUUGUUAAACUUGGCUAAGUCAAUGAAUAUCGAUAGUAGUUUGAUACCAGUCUUAUUCAGUGGUAGUGUCAAAGAUGUACGUGCUAAUUUGAAUGAUUUGAAAGAAAAUACAAAUGAGUUCAUUGGAAGUAGUGAAUCAAAGAAAAGAAGUUAUUCGGAUUAUACUAGACCGGACUUCAAAUCUGAAGGCACAUCAGCCGGUUCUAAAACUGAACAAACCAGCAAACAGGACAGUGAAAUAUCUUCCGUCCGUCAAGGCUCGACUAGUACACUUGUAUCACCCAUAAGGUCUCCUCCCAAACUGCCAACUCCACAUAGACAUGACGAAACUGGUAGUGGUGCACAUUCCCCGAAUUAUUAUUCCCAUCAACAUUCACCCAACAUGCAACCAAACUACCAUAAUGGAGUUUAUCCAAUCUACUAUCCACCACCUCCUCCAAAUGGCAUCAUUCCUGGUAAUUUACCUUCAAAUAGUAAUUCAAAUGAAGCUAGUGCUCCUUCAGCUGCGACUACUUCUUCAUCAUUGGGCUCGCCAUACCAACAGAAAUAUCACAUCAUGUAUGGUCCACCUCCCCCAGGAACCCAACCUUACCCACCACCCACAUUCAUACCCCAACAAUAUCACUAUUACGUUUCAAAUCAGCCUGGUCAAAGUACUUCAUAUCCCCCCAUGGUUCCUCAUCAGUCUCUUGUUCCCCAAGAUAAGGAAAGAGAAGACGAGCAUUCACACAAGAAGCAUAAAGCCAAUAAGAACAUAAAUUUCAUGAUAAGUACUCCUAAGAAUCCUCCUGCGAGGAAAUAUAAUAUUCCUAAAGAGAAAUGA